AUGUGCAUGAACAGCAGAAUCAAGAAGCUCAAGUCUCUGCUGGGUGGAGAAUUCCUAACGCAACAGCCUGAUUCCAGACAGGAGAAAGCCGACAUCCUGGAGAUGACAGUUUAUUUCCUGAGGCAGCAGCAGCAGUCACACAAGAAGUCGAGCUGCUCAACUGAAGCUGAUGAAGGCUACAGCAGGUGUGUGCAGGAGGCCAUCAACUUCCUGUCUCAGUGUCAAGUACACACUCAGUCCCAGAGAAGAUGCAGCCUUCCAUGGAGAAGAACAGAAGUGUCGUUUCUCAGCUCAGCUCUCCAUCCUGCCAGAUCUGCAGCAAAGAGGAGACUCCAGGCUGCAGUGAACUCUGGAGACCCUGGACCAUAG